GCAGAGUGGGAUACUGAGUAGACAAAGAUGUGUAGUUUGGAUAUAUGUCAUUCUCCGUUUCUCUUAAUUUUUAACAGGUGGCUAAACCCCUUGUUUAAAAUCGGUCACAAACGGAGAUUAGAAGAAGAUGACAUGUACUCGGUGCUUCCAGAAGAUCGCUCCCAGCACCUUGGAGAAGAGCUGCAAGGAUACUGGGAUCAAGAGGUUUUGAGAGCUGAGAAAGAUGCACGGAAGCCUUCUUUAACAAAAGCAAUCAUCAAGUGUUACUGGAAAUCCUAUGUAGUUUUGGGAAUUUUUACAUUAAUUGAGGAAAGUACCAGAGUAGUUCAGCCCAUAAUUUUGGGGAAAAUUAUUGGUUAUUUUGAAAACUACGAUCCCUCUGAUUCUGCUGCUUUGUACGAAGCGCAUGGCUAUGCCGGGGUGCUGAGUGCCUGCACGCUUGUCUUGGCCAUUCUACACCACUUGUACUUCUACCACGUCCAGUGUGCGGGGAUGAGGCUGAGAGUAGCCAUGUGCCACAUGAUCUACCGCAAGGCCCUUCGCUUGAGUAACUCGGCUAUGGGGAAGACCACCACAGGCCAGAUAGUCAAUCUGCUGUCCAACGAUGUGAACAAGUUUGAUCAGGUAACGAUAUUCUUGCACUUUCUGUGGGCAGGGCCACUGCAGGCUAUCGUAGUGACCGCCCUGCUCUGGAUGGAAAUAGGAAUAUCAUGUCUUGCUGGGAUGGCGGUUCUCAUUGUUCUUCUGCCUUUGCAAAGCUGCAUCGGGAAGUUGUUUUCAUCACUCCGGAGUAAGACUGCAGCCUUCACAGACACCAGAAUCAGGACCAUGAAUGAAGUUAUAACUGGCAUCAGAAUAAUAAAAAUGUAUGCUUGGGAAAAGUCUUUUGCAGACCUUAUCACCAAUUUGAGAAGGAAAGAAAUUUCCAAGAUUCUGAGAAGUUCCUACCUCAGAGGGAUGAAUUUGGCAUCAUUUUUUGUUGCGAGCAAAAUCAUCGUUUUCGUCACCUUCACCACCUACGUGCUCCUUGGAAACGUGAUCACAGCCAGCCGUGUGUUUGUGGCAGUGUCGCUGUACGGGGCUGUGCGGUUGACAGUCACCCUCUUCUUCCCUUCGGCCGUCGAGAAGGCGUCAGAGGCAUUCGUCAGCAUCCGAAGGAUCAAGAACUUCCUGUUACUUGAUGAGAUAACACAGUUCCACUCGCAACUACCAUCAGAUGGUAAAAUGAUCGUGAAUGUGCAAGAUUGCACUGCUUUUUGGGAUAAGGCAUCAGACACCCCAACCCUACAAGGCCUUUCCUUUACUGUCAGACCCGGUGAACUGUUAGCUGUGGUCGGACCUGUGGGAGCAGGAAAGUCCUCACUGUUGAGCGCUGUGCUGGGGGAGCUGCCCCUGAACCAGGGACAGGUCAGCGUGCACGGGAGGAUCGCGUAUGUUUCUCAGCAGCCCUGGGUGUUCUCAGGAACUGUGAGGAGUAACAUUUUAUUUGGGAAGAAAUAUGAAAAAGAACGAUAUGAAAAAGUAAUAAAGGCUUGUGCUUUGAAAAAGGAUUUGCAGCUUCUGGAGGAUGGAGAUCUAACUAUGAUAGGAGACCGGGGAACCACACUGAGUGGAGGGCAGAAAGCCCGGGUCAACCUAGCCAGAGCCGUGUAUCAGGACGCAGACAUCUAUCUCCUGGAUGAUCCGCUCAGCGCGGUGGACGCAGAAGUCAGCAGGCACUUGUUCGAACUGUGUAUUUGUCAAGCCUUGCAUGAGAAGAUCAGAAUCUUAGUGACUCAUCAGUUGCAGUACCUAAAAGCUGCAAGUCAGAUUCUGAUAUUAAAAGAUGGCAAAAUGGUGCAAAAGGGGACUUACACUGAGUUCCUGAAAUCCGGGAUAGAUUUUGGUUCCCUUUUAAAGAAGGAGAAUGAGGAGGCUGAACCAUCUCCGGUUCCAGGAACUCCCACCCUGAGGAAUCGCACCUUUUCCGAGUCUUCAGUUUGGUCUCAGCAGUCUUCCAGACCCUCCUUGAAAGAGGCCACUCCGGAGGGCCAAGAAACCGAGAAUGUACAGGUUACCCUAACUGAGGAGACCCGUUCGGAAGGAAAAGUUGGUUUUAAGGCUUAUAAGAAUUACUUUACAGCCGGUGCUCACUGGUUUAUCAUCAUUUUCCUCAUUCUAGUAAACCUUGCAGCUCAGGUCUCCUACGUCCUGCAGGACUGGUGGCUUUCAUACUGGGCCAAUCAACAGAGUGCCCUGAACGUCACUGUUAAUGGACAAGGAAAUGUAACCGAGAAGCUCGAUCUGAACUGGUACUUAGGAAUUUACUCAGGGUUAACUGCAUCUACUGUCCUAUUUGGCGUCGCCAGAUCGCUCUUGGUGUUCUUCGUCCUUGUUAGUUCUUCACAAACUUUGCACAACCAGAUGUUCGAGUCCAUUUUGAGAGCUCCAGUAUUGUUCUUCGAUAGAAAUCCAAUAGGAAGAAUUUUAAAUCGUUUCUCCAAAGACAUUGGGCAUAUGGAUGACUUGCUGCCCCUGACAUUUCUUGAUUUCAUCCAGACAUUUCUGCAAGUGAUCGGUGUGGUGGGCGUGGCAGUGGCGGUGAUUCCUUGGAUUGCCAUACCCCUGGUUCCCCUUGGCAUCGUCUUCUUUGUUCUCCGACGAUAUUUCUUAGAAACAUCGCGAGAUGUCAAACGCCUGGAAUCUACAACACGGAGCCCAGUGUUUUCCCACUUAUCGUCUUCUCUCCAAGGCCUCUGGACCAUCCGGGCGUACAAAGCCGAACAGAGGUUUCAGGAGCUGUUCGACGCACACCAGGACUUGCACUCAGAGGCUUGGUUCUUGUUUCUGACGACGUCCCGAUGGUUCGCUGUGCGUCUGGAUGCCAUCUGUGCUGUGUUUGUCAUUGUUGUUGCCUUUGGGUCCCUGAUUCUGGCAAAAACUUUGGACGCUGGGCAGGUUGGCCUGGCGUUGUCCUAUGCCCUCAUGCUCAUGGGGAUGUUCCAGUGGUGCGUCAGGCAAAGUGCUGAAGUUGAAAAUAUGAUGAUUUCAGUAGAAAGGGUGAUCGAGUAUACAGAUCUGGAAAAAGAAGCGCCCUGGGAAUACCAGAAACGCCCACUGCCGUCCUGGCCCCAUGAAGGCAUGAUCAUCUUUGACAACGUGAACUUCUCAUACAGCCUAGAUGGGCCUCUUGUAUUGAAGCACGUGACUGCGCUCAUUAAAUCAAAAGAAAAGAUUGGCAUUGUGGGAAGAACAGGAGCUGGAAAAAGUUCUCUCAUCGCUGCCCUUUUUAGAUUGUCGGAGCCUGAAGGUAAAAUCUGGAUUGAUAAGAUCUUGACAACCGAAAUUGGUCUUCAUGAUUUAAGGAAGAAAAUGUCAAUUAUACCUCAGGAACCUGUUUUAUUCACUGGAACAAUGAGGAAGAAUCUGGAUCCCUUCAAUGAGCAUUCAGAUGAGGACCUAUGGAAUGCCUUAGAAGAGGUGCAAUUGAGGGAAGCCAUCGAGGAUCUUCCUGGUAAAAUGGAUACUGAAUUAGCAGAAUCCGGAUCAAACUUUAGUGUUGGACAGAGACAACUGGUGUGCCUUGCCAGGGCUAUCCUCAGGAAAAAUCGGAUAUUGAUUAUUGACGAAGCCACGGCCAAUGUGGAUCCAAGAACUGAUGAGUUAAUACAAAAAAAAAUCCGUGAGAAAUUUGCCCACUGCACUGUGCUAACCAUAGCACACAGAUUGAAUACUAUUAUUGAUAGUGACAAGAUAAUGGUUUUGGAUUCAGGGAGACUGAAAGAAUAUGAUGAGCCAUAUGUUUUGCUGCAAAAUAGAGACAGCCUAUUUUAUAAGAUGGUGCAACAACUGGGCAAGGCUGAGGCCGCUGCCCUCACUGAAACAGCAAAACAGGUGUACUUCAAGAGGAAUUAUCCAGAUAUUACUCACAAUGGCCAUGUGGUUAUGAACGCUUCCAGUGGACAGCCCUCAGCCUUAACAAUUUUUGAGACGGCACUGUGAUUCUACUAUGACGUCAAGUCUGUUCCAGAGGCAUUUUUCCAAUAGUUUUUGCACUGUGUAAAGUACAUUUUACUUAUUUUUAUACCAGUAGCAGAUAUUUACACAUAGAAUAUGUUAGUCCAUUUGGAUUUUUUCCUGCAACUUCACCCAGUGGUUUCAGGCUCUUAACAACAUUAUUAUUGUUAUUUAUAUGUUAAAAGUAUUUUUGUCUUAUCUAAAUCAGAGGUACAGGCCACCAAUAAAAGCUGUCUACCAGGUUUCGUGCCUUAAAGAGACUUCAGAGCCAAAGCACAUUUUCUAAGGUGUAAGACAAAGUUUUCAUAGAUGUUUUUUACCGUCCCCAACUUACAUAUUCCUUUCCAGUCAGGGAUUCUGUUUACUUGAAGACUCUGGAAGUUGCCAUUUUGCCUUACCACUUUCUUUAACAUAAGUAGGAUCCCCUAUUCCCCGCCAAAGACCUCUGGUUAAGCUAGUACAAAAUAGGGAAAGCAAAAAAUACACUUUAGUUGAAAUUAAUAUGAGGCAUUACAUUGGAGAGCCCCUCCUCCCCACCCCCCAAGAUAAAUGGUUAAAAUACGUGAAGGUCAGUAUUUCAUUCUAUCUUCUGAAAGAGGGUGGAAGAGAAAGGAAUGCUUUCAGAAAAUUGCCAUUCUAUGGGGAUUUGAUAAUGAUCGACAUGUGAGUGAUCAUUGAUCAGCUUCUAGAGUCCAUGGCUCUGACUUGAUAGACCUGUUGCAGUUUUAGAUUCAGCCUGGUGAUAUUUUCGAAAAGGCCAUGCUGCUUUCCUGAGUAUGUAGUGGUGAUUUAAUCUGGAUUUCUCAUGACGAUUGACCCUCUGCUGACAUAAGCCUUUUGGUUUAGCCGUCAUUGAAAUCCUGUCUAAAUUACAUGCAUGGGUUCUCCUGACUGUGUGAGAAAAAUAGAGAGCUGUUGCUAUGUUGUUGACUAUGUUUAUGCCCUAUGUUCUCAGGAUGCAUCAGGAAGGUUCACUUUCAUGAGCCUGUCCAGGUUAGUUUACUUAUGACCACUAAUUGCACUUUGUCUAGAUCUUUCAGAUCAGUAGAUCAACAAACCACAAUACUUCUAGGGCCUGCAGUACUUGAUUUGAGCUGUAGGUCCUUAGCUUUUCUUAGUGGUGGUGGGUAUGGUGUAUUGAGUUCAAGUUACUAAAGUUACUGCCCUGAUUUUAAGUGUACUCUCAUGACCUCGCAAUUAGGCAUAGCUAUGCUCAUAUUGCAUAUGUUUAUAUAUAAUAUGCCUUCUGAUAGCUGGUAUUUGGACUCUUUACCAGAGAGAAACAGAUAGAAUCAAGAAUAGAAUCAAGCCUUAAAAACCACAUACUCGGCAAACUACCCAAAUACAUUGAGUGUAGUUUGUAUUUAGAGAUAAUGUUCAACAGUUAAUGUUUAGUCCAAUAAUUAUGUAGUAGUCAUGGUUCUUAUAAAAUUUAGUCGAAAUAAAUGUUUUCAUCUCCAGAGAUCUGUGUUUUCAUUUUUAGAGGUCUGGCUCAUGUCCUUGCUAUUGAAAGCUAAUGUGAGAUCCAUUUUCCUUGAGAUCCAUUCCCAACUCUUGGCUAAAGGUACACCAGAUGCUCUAUGCAGAGAGGUGGGUGUCACUGAUUUAAAUCGUUACUACUGAACUAAGCCCAGCUGUACCCCUUCCAUUAAGGGAAGGUCCCAGGAUUAAAUCAAGUAUUAAAUUGUUGGGAGUUUGGGGUUUUGAUUUUUGCCCCAGACAAGCGAGAAACCUCUACUGCUGCUACAUUUAAAGCACCUACAGGACGUAUGUUCUCAAAGUGUGGUCAUUAGGCCAGCAGCAGCAGCAUCACCUGGGAAUCAUUAGAAACGCUGAUUCUUGUGUCCCAUAUCUACUGAAUCAGAAACACUGGUGGUGGGGACCACUGGUCCCCCGUUGCCUUACCAAGGCCUAAGGGUGAUUGUGAUGCAGUCCGAAGUCUGAGAACCAAUAACACAGGCAAUAAAGAACUCCUAAAACUCGUUAAGAAAAACACAGAAAGCCCAAGAAAUGGACAAGAGACUCAAAUAGGCCCUUCAUAAAAGAGAAUAUCCAAAUGGCCAUAACUGCACAAGGGUUCAGUCUCAUUAGUUACCAAGGAAAUGUGAAUUAAAACCACAAUGAGAUACCGCGAAACACCCAGUAAAGUAGCUAAAAUUAAAAAGGUUGAGAAUAAGAAUUAGUGCCGAUGAAGCAGUGGGAACUCUUGUGCACUUCUGCAUGUGCAAAAAAGUAUAUGUUGACAAAAAACUUUGGAAAACAAUUUGACAGCAUUUACUCAUACUGCACACCCUCAGAUCUAUUAAUUCUGCUCCAGAGUACAAGUGAUAUACACUUGUUCACAGAUGUUCUUGGAAACCUAAUUCCCAGUAGCCACAAACUAGACAUUAUCCACAUGCUAAUCAACAGCAGAAGGAAAAUGGACUGUGAUGCAAUAGCAUAUCCCGUAGCAAUGAUAGCAGUUGAACAUCAACAACCCAGGUGCAAAACAAACUUAAGCCUGACCCCAAAGAAUAUUUAUGAUUCCCUUUACACAAAGUUCGGACAUAGUUACAAUCAAAUCAUAGUGUUUAAAAUCAGCUUCUGAGUUACUUAAAAUAUUCUCUUGUUGGCUGGAGGUUAGGUGAAUAUUGGUUGGGCUCUUCAUUUUAUUUUCCUCACUAUUGCAUGUCAUAAUUCAUAAUUGAGUUAAGUAAAAAGAAAGUUCUUGGCCUCAUUUUUCUUGUAGAAUCUCAUUCAAAAGCAGCGGUCCAGUCAUCUAAAGGUGAAUAAGCUAUACCUGAGGAGUUAUUUUUGCUGAGUUGUUAAAAGGUUGUCUUCUAGCCCAUAGCAAAUGGCUUCAAGUGAAGCUCUUGGUAAACAGAGUUCAAGGUCUGUAUUUUGUCUAAAUAACCAAAAUAAAUCCUACUUUGUCUCACCAAUUCUA